CCUCUACUGACAGCCUUCAGAGUGAAAUGAAACCGCAAAAUAUGGAUAUAAUGGACAUCGAGGCGCCGGUCCCGGAGACGCGUCGGAUGCUGAAGAACAUUUUGGUCAUCAGCUUCGCAUUCACGUUCCUCUUCACGGCCUACCAGAGCACGGCCAACCUUCAGAGUUCGAUCAACACCGACGCCGGGCUGGGCACCGCGUCCUUGAGCGCCGUGUACGUGGCGCUGAUCGUGUCCAGUCUGUUCGUUCCGACGUGGAUGAUCACAACUCUCGGAGUCAAAUGGACCAUCCCCGUCUGCAUGCUGGGCUACGCGGCCUACAUCGGCGCCCAGUUCUACCCCCGCUUCUACACGAUGGUGCCGGCCGCCGUGCUCGUCGGUUUGGUCGCGGCUCCCAUGUGGAGUGCAAAAUGCACCUAUUUGUCGCACGUCGGCUUUCUCCGGGCUGACGCUUUGGGAACUUCUGAAGAGGCGCAGCGAACACUGCUUUUUGGAAUAUUUUUCCUCUUCUUCCAGAGUUCGCAGGUCUUUGGCAACCUCAUCUCUUCAGCAGUGUUCUCUGCGGGCGACGUGGAGCCGAUCAGCCCGGACAGCCCGCAACUCGCGAUCUGCGGCGCCAAAUUUUGUCCGUGGUUCAAGCUGAACGCGACGGCCAGCGACAGGCCGUCCGAUAACAAAAUCUACCUGUUGAUGAGCAUCUACCUGGGCUGCGGAAUCGUGGCCGCGAUAAUCGUCUCAUUUUUCGUCGAUCAGCUCACCAGGUUUGGAGAACGUGCUGGAAGUGGAGAAGGUCUCUCUGGCUUCAAUCUUUUGCUGGCAACAAUGAAACGCUGGAAGGACAAGAGGCAGCUGCUUUUGAUUCCUCUCACUAUUUUCUGCGGUCUCGAACAAGGCUUUUUCGGAGCUGAUUUCACCCAGAGUUAUGUGACUUGCGCGUACGGCGUGCAAAACGUGGGCUACGUGUUGAUCACUUUCGGCGUGUGCGACGCCCUCUCCUCCUACUUCUUCGGCGCCGCCAUGAAGGUGGUGGGCCGCAUUCCGAUCAUCACGUUGGGCGCCGCUAUUAACGUCGCCGUCAUCAUCGCCAUGUUCGUUUGGCAGCCGCGGCCGGACGAGCCGCUCCACUUCUACGCCAUCGCCGGCUGCUGGGGCAUUUCCGACGCCGUCUGGCAGACCAUGGUCAACGCGUUGUACGGAAACGUGUUUUCGAAGGACGAGGAGGCUGCGUACAGCAACCACCGGCUGUGGGAGUCUCUUGGCUUCGCCGUGGCCUACGCGUACAGCACCCUUCUGUGCACCGACGCCAAAAUGUGGGUGCUGCUCGGUCUGCUCGCGGUCGGCAUGGUCGGCUAUUACAUCGUCGAGGUCAUCGAGGCCAAGAACAGGAAACAGAAGUUUGAAUUGUAGAUUUUCACGCGU